UGACCGAGCAAGAGAGUGAAAAGGUCGAAAUCCAGGGCUCAAUUUAAUUAUUUUUUCCCCAAAAGUGUGGGUGCAGUGCGACGCGUGAUAAAGUAUAGUAGAGUAAACUAGAAGAUUCAAAAUCGUGCGAGCGCAGUGCGAUCGAUCGAGAGGGUGAUAGAGCUCGAAUGGCACGCGAUUAGUGAAGGAAGGAGAGAAGUGAAGAGGCUCCUCCUCAUUGAUUACUAUGCACGCAUCCAAUUCCAUGUCCGCUUCAAGACGUCCACUGCCGCUUACUGACCUCUAAGCGUCCCCUUCCGCCUUUUGUUGUGGUCUCUCGCUUGCCAUAUAUUGGAAACCGGAUACCUUUGGUUCUUUCCUCCUCUUGCGUUCUCAUUGGAGCAAGGGGGAGCACCGCGGAGCUCAAAGCUGAAGGGGCUUGAAUCUUUACUCUCCCCUGUUCCAGUUGUGGAGAGUGGAGCGUGAUAGAUUUUUUGUGUGAUGAGGAUGGAAGCGGAUCACAGCAUAAAUUUUCCUUAAGGAGUUUUCCCGCAAUCAUUUUGCAAUCAUCACGGAGUUUCCUUUUAACCAGGGGCUAUAAACAGCGGUGACGUGGACGUUUCAGGUGCAGUUAAUGGAACAACAGGAUUGAUGACGACAGGGAACUCUAGCAUGUUGAACAUUAUUUCUUCCUUAAUGUCGACAAGUAAUUCUCCUGGAACUGUCCUUGAUCAGAUGCAGGGUCUUCAGCUUCGUUCAACAUUUUCUGUGAGUUGGUCCUAUGAGGAGCUGGAAGUGUUGAAGCAAGGCCUCGUUAGAUAUGUUAAUGAACCUAAUAUGUUGAAGUAUGUCAAGGUAGCAGCUAUGCUCCCUGACAAGACUGUGAGGGAUGUUGCAAUGAGGUGUCGAUGGAUGACUAAGAAGGAGACCGGUAAACGACGUAAAUCUGAGGAUUUUUUGAUUGGGAAGAAGAUGAAAGACAGGAAGGACAAGUUGAUAGGUUCGUCCUCAGUGGCUUUUCUUCACCAAAGCCGGUCAAAGGAUGAGAGUGCCUAUUCUUCCAUGAGGCAGAAUGGGAACAACAGUAGCUCAUUUCUUUGUGGAGCCACCAGUUUGAUUGAUAGCAGAACUCGGAAGCUUCUAGAUGAUAAUAUAAAAAUUCUUCAACAGAUUGCUGCUAAUCUUAAUUAUAAUGAGAUGCAUAAUAACAAUGAUCUUUUUUGUCGCUCUAAACAGAACUUAGCUGCUAUCUUGAAUAGAAUGAAUGGAAUGGCUGGUAUUAUGAGUCAGAUGCCUCCGCUACCUGUGAAUAUCGAUGACAAUCUUAUGUCGUUAUUACCUUGUAUUACUCAUGAACAGAGAACUAUCAACAGCCACUUUAAGGAAGAGGCAAUAAGAUGGUAACCUGGUGCCACUUUUUGAUCCAUCAUGUUUCUUCGAGCGCACAAUUUUCUUACAUCAAAUGCAAGAUAGAUGUUUCAGUAGUCUGCUUUUCAAGUGUACAUGCAUUGACGUCGACAAGAGAAAAAUGAUUGCAUGGCAGAAUCAGAGGUUUCUUAGGAGCUUGGCAAUAAGUUCACGUACUAAUAGCCUGCCUCGUGCAAACAAGAGCUUCUCAUAGUAGAGCUCGUAUGUAUAAAUGAUGAACCAGAUUAUUUUGCUUCACUACCUUGUUCAUUUAUAUUUUGUAACAAGUAUAAUUAUUUCUGGAGAACACAUCAGCUAUUUGUAUUGAUCAAGCGUAUAGAAAUGCUAUUUAUCUCCAGAGAAUAAAGCCAGUUUGUCAUGUUUGCACUUGGAAUA